GCAGCAGUAAUACUGUCGGAGAGGUCUGGUGGAGUUGUCUGUGACACACGCGUUUUGGUGAGUGACACACGUCUGUGAGAGAAUGUUUGUCACAAAUAUUGGUAUAUCAAACCAAGUUAUCCUACGUCUGAUAUCCCUCUAUCUGAUGAUCCGUAAGUUUACUGUGCUUCACACGUUGUGUGUGAUAGACUUGAAAUGUAUUUAAAAGUAAAAAUUCUUUUCACUUUGGUCGCGAUUUUUCAGAUAGAUUACAUUGUGUUCACAGCCAGACUGAACUCUAUUUUGAGGUAUAGUGCGUAGUUACUCACAUCAGUGAGUAUUCGUAAUAGGUUUCAAAUCAAAUGGACGCUUCUAAGUAGAAAGAGAAAUGACAGUUUUUGAAAAUAGUGCAAAAAAUUGGACCAAAGUAGAAAAAUCUAUAUAUUCUCAAACGGAUGGACGCUCACACGCGAAACUUAUUGAGCAGAUAGCUAAUAAUCGGGACUGUCUAUUCAUACGGAAAUUAUUACUUUAUCUUUUAUAAUCCAGCAGCUAACCCAACUUGAUGAAUAAGAUCGCAAAACUCAAAUAUUCUAAGAAGCAUGAAGCCGAAUGACUGAAACAUAGGACUUAUAUUUGAAGUCUACAAUAGCCAUACAAAGUUUGAAGCAAAAUAAGUUCAUGGAUCAUAGAGAGAGAAAUAUAAGAUAGUUUUGAAGAGUACUGUAAUUAUUGAAAAUGACAACGUUUUUGCAUUUCUUCAUUCCUUUUAGGUGAUAACAAAAGUAAUGGAAGUUUACCAACCAGGAGCCAUUGUAUUACAAUGUGGUGCUGAUUCUCUCACAGGCGAUCGUUUAGGUUGUUUUAAUUUAACAUUGAAAGGACAUGGUAAAUGCUUAGAGUUUAUUAAAAGUUUUAAUUUACCAUUGUUAAUACUCGGAGGCGGUGGUUAUACAAUACGUAAUGUGGCACGUGCAUGGACAUAUGAAACAGCUAUUGCUUUAAAUGAAGAAAUACCUAAUGAAUUACCUUAUAAUGAUUAUUAUGAAUAUUAUGGUCCUGAGUUUAAAUUGCAUAUUAGUCCAUCAAAUAUGCCAAAUCAAAACAGUUCCGACUAUUUGGAUAAAAUUAAAGUUAAAUUAUUUGAUAAUCUUCAUAUACCAGAUGAUGCUAUAGAUAUGGAUUUAUGA